GACACUAAAAGUGCCAGUGGUGGUGCGUGCGCCCGAGGCAGGUGACCUGGCGGAACCGUCUCGAACUGCUCCAGCCCGCGUUGGUCCUGCUAGUUCCUCCCGGGAGAGGCAGGUCUUUGGUCUGUCACCGGAAGUAGUCGAACGGUGGUUGAAGGGAUGAGUGGACUAGGAUCACACUGUCCCAAACCACAAAGUGUUUUGGGGGGCUAGCUCUGGGACACUUUUUUAGAGGAGGGAGAGAAAUCCUUACCCUUUUUACUAAUAAUCCUGACUGCUCUUCAGAAGCCUGGUACUGCUGCUGAUUUCAGCUUUUGCUGUGAAGAAAAAUCACCAUGUCUUCCUCCAGACUGGGGCUUCGUUUGGCUGCCUGUUUACUAAACAUUUCAGAAGCCAGAAGAAAAAACACCCUUGAGAAUGUAGCACAAGCAGCUCUUCUUGAAAAAAAUGGGAAGAAACAUCCUGAAGUCUCAGCAUUCAAUGUGUUUUCUGAUCAAGACUACAACAGAUCAGUCAUUCCAAUAGCGGCUUCUGUGGAUGACUUAGGCAAUUCUGUUCUGGCUGCCUACUUGGAGGCCUUCCCAUCUAUUGAUAUGGAGGUUCAAGAGGGGGUCCACCCUUGUCUGGGAGCGGUGGACUUAAUUCCGAUUUACCCUCUCUCUGGUGUUGGAGUGGAAGAGUGUGGAGCCGUGGCCAGAAGUAAGAGAAAGUUUCAGGCCUUGCUGAGAGUCUGGUCCUGCACGUUCCUGGCUGCAGCGUGUUUCUCUUUGGUGAGGCUGACCUGCCUGAGAAGCGCACUCUUGUCCAGAGAAGGAAGCAACUGGGCUGGUUCACAAGGAGGGAUUUCAGUGCUCUUGAACCUGAUCUGGGAGCUGCACCUACCCGGAGAUGUGGUUUAACAGUGUGUGUGCUGAUGAGGCGCCUGAAAGUCAGAGUGACUGAUAUCAC